GCCAGUCGGCCACCUGGCAGGCGGCGUCUUCCGUUCCAUUCCACCUCCACGGCUCCACCUGUCGUCGUCGUCGUCCUCCAGCCGUCCUCUGCCCCUGCUGCUGCUGAUACCCCCAGCUCGGCGACUCCCCCUCAUGGCGGCGCCGCCUCCUCCCGCACCCGCGGCCGCCGGGCCGCACAGCGUCUUCGUGUACGGCACGCUGAUGGCGGAGGAGGUGGUGCGGGUCCUCCUGGGCCGCGCCCCGCCAUCCUCCCCCGCGCACCUCCCCGGCCACCGCAGGUUCAGCCUCAGGGGCCGCGUCUACCCGGCCAUCCUCCCCGCCCGCGCCCACGCCGUCAACGGAAAGGUUAUCAAGGGGCUCACCGACAGGGAACUCCAUGUGUUCGACCUGUUCGAGGACGAGGAGUACGUGAAGAGAACCGUUGAGGUCUCGCUGACCGAUACAUUGGAGAGAUCACUCGCCUACGCGUACAUCUGGGGCAACGAGGGCGAUCCUGACCUCUACGGGGAAUGGGAUUACGAGGAAUGGAGGAAGGUGCAUUUGAAGGAUUAUCUUGAGAUGACGAGGGAAUUCAUGGACGAAGUUGGACAACUUUAAACGGAUCUCCUGCCCUCUGGUUUGUAAACAGUGUCCUUGCAAAGAUCACCCGUGAAAUCUGUGUCGUAGUAAUAGACUAAUAGUAUAGCCUCCUGUGCUCAUAGACUUGACAGAGUGCAACUAUACAUUUCUUCUGUGUUUUUGGAUCAGAAAGAUUUUACCUGGGCCAUUUGCUCUUUUCUACCUGUUUAUUGAUGUGCUAUGAUGAUAAGAUUUCUUCUUCC